AUGAAAAAAGUAGUUUCAGUUCUGUUAAUGGAAAAACCCAUCGUCGAUGAAGCUGCUGCCGAGGAAGAAAAAGAAAAACAAAAUAAUGAGCUCCAACAGUGGAUGACUAAUGAUUACUUGUGCAAGAAUUUCAUUCCUAAUGCACUAAGUGAUGAUCUGUAUGAUUAUUACAACAACGACAAAACUGCCAAGGAGACAUGGGAGGCGCUACAGAAAAAAUAUGAUACCGAGGAGGCUGGAACAAAGAAAUAUGUGGUUAGCCGCUACCUCAAAUAUCAGAUGACUGAUGACAAAUCUGUCGAGGCGCAGUCCCAUGAAGUGCAGAAAAUAGCUCAUGAGAUUAACUCUGAAGGUAUGGUUCUUGAUGAACAAUUUCAAGUUGCUGUUUUAAUUGACAAAUUACCUCCCUUGUGGAAGGAAUUUAAGAAUUCUCUCAGGCACAAAACCAAGGAGUUUUCGCUGGAAAGUUUGAUAACUCGCCUUCGAAUUGAGGAAGAGGCAAGAAAACAGGACCAAAGAGAUGAAGUGCUUGUUGUUUCAAACAGCACAAGAAAGUAUAGUUCGGCGAAUCUGAAGCCAAAUGGCAAAAAAUUUAAGAAUCAGAAUCGUAGUUCGAACUCGAACCAAAAUGUGAACCGUAACAAAAUGAACCAGAAUGGCAAUCCUUCAAGAAACCAUAAUGUGAAACAGCAACCACCUGUGAGAAAUGAUCUGCCACCAUUUUUAUGUUUUAAUCGUGGCAAACCAGGUCAUAUGGCACGCAAGUGUCGGAACAGGCCAAAUACUGCUCUGCAGGCUAACUUGACUUAA